AGAGAGAGAGAGGGGAGAGAGAGGGGAGUAUGGUACCGAUCUUACUCUUCCUGAGGAGGAGUCAUUGAGAAAGAGAGAGAGAGAGGAAGAGAGGGCAGGGCCAUACACACCCCUCUGUCAAGGCAAAACAGAGAGACAUUUUCACAUUCUCUGUGACGGUGAGAUAAGUGUCAGUGAAGGAGGACAGGCAGACAGAGAGAGACACAGAGAGAGGAGGUGUCUGCACAUUAGAGAGAGAGGAGGUGUCUGCAGGGAGGAAUAUAAAUGCACCUCCUUCUCCUUCACCUGGGGCUUCUGAGUGAGUGUGAACAUGCUUACCACCGAAGAGUCACCCCGAGUGACCAGUGCUGUCGCCAUGCCGACAGAUGUUGAUGCUGAAGACAGGACCUUGUGGAGUGAGGCAGAGCUCGAGGAGAGAUGCACACACCUGGUGGAGGACCGCGACCCUGAGGUCAACGAUGACAACCAAGUGCGGAGUCGAGCCGAGGCAUCUCUGCCCGGGAACCUACUGCUCAGGAGAUCCUCAGACUCCACGGAGGUGCUUGGGGUGGUAAGCAGGGAGCACAUCGCCGUGGGAACAUGCUUUGGGCCUCUGGUGGGCGUGAGAUACAAUGUGGACAGCGUGCCCCCAAAUGCCAACAGGAAGUAUUUUUGGAGGUUGUUUUCAGAAGGCCAGGUCCAUCACUUCCUGGACGGUGCGGACGAGGAGAGGAGUAACUGGAUGCGGUACGUGAACCCAGCCAGCUCGCCACGGGUCCAGAACCUGGCAGCGGGCCAGAGUGGCAUGGACGUCUUCCUCUACGUGGUGCGACCCAUCGUCCCGGGCCAGGAGCUGCUGGUCUGGUACUGCCCAGAAUUCGCCAACCGGCUUGUGCGCUCGCUCGCUCACGGGCAGAUCUCAUCGUCGCGUGUUGCCAUCAAACCAGUAGAGGGCACUGUGCCAACCCUGAGCAGGAGCACCAUGAAGAAGGGUCACAGCGUGACAGACAUCCUGAAGAAGGAGCCUCACUCUCCACACCGAGGACCACCGACUGGCUCUACCCUCCAAAGCUUCUCCCAGGCGGUUCCGCAAAUGAUCUGCCCCAAACCUGCUCUGAAUGUCCACACCCCAGGCCCUAAUGCAGACCAUCCAGCAUACAUCCCGAGGUCGGGCCCUAGCGCACACAAUGACGACCUUAGGAGAGAACGAAGACAAAGUUCCUCUGGCACACUUAGAGGCCUGUCUCCCUUUGGACAUAGUAGCAAUAUCCCUCUCAGUCCAGCAAUAUAUCCAGGAUACCCUAUGCCUUUGCAAAUCUACCCCACAUCUCAGUACUACCUUCCUUGCCCUCCCCUAGCAUUGCACAGGAUGUCACCUCAUUCUAACCUCCUGUAUUCUCAUAAGCCAGUUCAAAACAGGGCCGUCCCACUAAGCCUGCAGCCAGCGCAGCCGUACCCCUAUCUUCUGAGACUGUCAAGCAGUGGUGAAUAUAAUGUUUUGAUUGGGUCUUCUGAAAGCCACAGGAAACCUCCAACCAGCUACCUCAGUGACGUGAACCCACUGCUAAGCAGUGACCUCAAAGGCUUUGAUGUUUCUAUGGCCGCUGCCCACAGCAACCUUCAUCAACAUGCGGAUGGAUUAGCCAAAGCCACCCAGCUCCAUGCACCUUCCAUUACCACCAGCCUCAGUGGCCUAUCUGCACUCGACCAGCCCAGGGACGCCUCACCUCUGCAGGGCAUGUCUGCCUCACCAGGCGCCCUGCCCUCCAAACCAACCUCUGCUCAGCUGGGAUCCCAACCAGCAUCCGUGGAGAUGACAGACCUCCAGACAUCGGGACACAGCGGCGUGAUCAGCUACAGGACCCUGUCCUACCCGCUAAUGAGACAGAAUGGAAAGAUUCGCUAUGAGUGCAACAUCUGCAGGAAGAUCUUUGGCCAGCUCUCCAACCUGAAGGUGCACCUGCGUGUCCACAGCGGGGAGAGGCCCUACAGGUGUCUGACCUGUCGCAAGACCUUUACCCAGCUGGCCCACCUGCAGAAGCACAGGCUGGUCCACACCGGCGAGAAGCCCCACCAAUGUGAGGUGUGCCACAAACGCUUUAGCAGCACGAGCAACCUGAAGACCCACCAGCGUCUGCACUCCGGAGAGAAGCCCUACAAGUGUCGCACCUGCCCAGCCCGCUUCACGCAGUUCAUCCACCUGAAACUCCACCGCCGGCUCCACAACAGCGGCGGUAGUGACGGUGGAUGUGAGGGAGGUGAGGACGACCGUCCCUACGCCUGUCCCCAUUGUCCAAGAGUCUACCUUCACCUCUGCAGUCUGCAGAUCCACCUGCAGGGCUUCUGCCCUGCAAUGCAGCCUCCCACCACACGAGGGCAGUCUUGCACCCAGGACCAGCUGGACUACACCAACAUGGAGAUUGAAAGGUUUGACUUGAGCGACGCCGCAGAGAGGCUGGAGAGGGCGCCAGAGAGUGAGGCAGAGAGAAGCAUCCUGGAGCUGUUUCGAAGGGGGAUGGAGGCGAUGGAGCUCAAAACUUCCAGCCAGCAGGGCGGCAGUAGAGAGCCUGUGCUGGUAGAGCAUCCAGGACAUCAGAGCACUUACCUACCUCUUCUAACUGUUCACAUCAAGCAGGAACUGGAUCAGUAGCAACUUCCUCAAUAGCUUCCCUUAUCAACAGCAUCAAUUUACAUUCCUUUACAGUAGUCUGCUAUUCUUGAGACAAUCAAAGAGCUAGUUUCUCCCAAGAGAAAUCAGGUCAGACUGAAUGAGUCAGGUAUGAACUUGAGUAUGAGGACAGGCUGCAGCUAAACAAUCAGAUUCUUCUGCUUCAGGAGCUCAAGGCUGUUUGUCUCACUGCCUUACUAUUUGUAGCCAAAACAAAUCACAGGGACAUUAUUUUCCUCAGAGUAGCUAUGCAACUGCAUUAUUUUACUUUUCAAAGCCUACUUUUUGUGUGUUCUUUUUCAUUGAUAAAUACUUUUGCUAUUGAAAGAUACAGAUUUGUAUGCUUUGUUAUUUGACACGGGAGGCAUUUAAGAUGUAUAUUUUUUUAAAUGUUUUAAUUUAUUAUUUCCUUUUAAAUUUGAUGAUUAAUUCUCUGUGCUCUGGAUCCUGGUUUGUGUGUGGAAAAUGCUGAGAGUUGAUUAAAGAUGUCUGUCCUCACAAGUGUCUUGAUUACUGUAAUAUGUGCCUUGUGCACAUGUGCAGACCUGCAUGUGUGUACGUGAGUGACCCUCUUCCUUCAUACGGAUGUGGUUGCGUUCAGGACGUGUACUUGUGAGUGUGUGUGAGAGACAGUGACACAGAAAGAGGAAGAGCGAGAGUAGAGAGUAGA